CACUUUCAAAUGCAGGGGAGCACCAAACACUCAACAUGGAUUAUUCCUUUGGAGAGACAGCUGGCAUUGAUUUGGCAGUCAAAGUAAUAACUUCGGAUAAAAUACUUUGAAUUUUACCAUGUUACCAGCAAGUAUAUCUAAGAAUGAAUUACUUGUUUGGCUGAAUCUACGGGGUUUAUACGGAAGAAAACGGUCACGUUAACAUGAAAUGGAGAUCACUCGGGCCAGACCGUCUCUGUAUGGAGAAAUCGCUCAUGGUCUUGGAUUCUGGACGGACCGGUCAGCAGUGCAUGAGGCCGCUGCACAGGGCAGGGCCAUCCAGCUGCAGCAGUUGAUCGAGGGAGGUGCAGCCGUUAACAUCGUGGCCGUUGACUCCAUCACUCCCCUGCACGAGGCGUGUAUACAGGGACAGACCCAGUGCGUCCGAUUGCUGCUGAACGCCGGUGCACAGGUGGAUGCCCGUAACAUUGAUGGCAGCACUCCACUAUGCGAUGCUUGUGCGGCUGGUAGCCUGGAAUGUGUGAAGCUGCUCCUUGAGUAUGGAGCAACAGUUAACCCUCCACUGUUUACCUUCUCACCUCUUCAUGAGGCUUGCAUGGGAGGUAAUUCACACUGUGUUCAGCUCAUGAUUGAUCAAGGAGCUUUCAUGGAGGCCCAUGACUGCCACUACGGGACACCACUUCAUGUAGCCUGUGCAAGACAACAUUACGACUGCGCCAAAGUUCUCCUCAAUGCAGGGGCAAAUGUGAAUGCUGCCAAGUUACAUGAGACGGCCCUUCAUCAUGCAGCCAAAACAAAAAAUGUUGACUUGAUUGAGCUACUUGUGGAGUUUGGGGGUAAUGUCUACGCCAGGGAUAACCUAAACAAAAAACCAAUCCACUACACCAAUCUGGGGUCUCCCUCUUAUCUCUGCCUUGAGUUCUAUGAGAAUAACCCCCUCAGUCUACAGCAGAUCAGCAGAGUGGCUGUGAGAGGGGCUCUCGGGACAAGAGCGCUUGAAGUUAUUUCCAAGCUGGACUUGCCCAAUCGCAUCAUAAGUUUUCUUUCUUACACACCACUUCCAGUUAUUGAAAUUUAAUCAAACAUACGAAGUUUAAGAUGGAGCUCUUAGAAGGUUAAAUCUAGAUCAGUUAUGUAUACUGGCUGUCUGCUAUUUUCCAUUCCAGAAAUACCAUAAAACAAUGCCAAUAGGCUUACCAUCAGCUUAUCAAGAUCUUAUAACUAACCUGUUAAUUCACAGCAACCUACUUAGACUUAGACACACACCAAAUGAAUGUUCAGUCAUACAUUUAGAAGUUUGACCCAUCAACUCCUGUUCAGCAGCCACUCAUUUAUUCUGCUCGGCAAGUAGCGCACGGCUGGUUUGUCACGUUUGUCUUUAGCUUAUUAGCAAGAAAAAUGGCUCAUCUUGGCAGUUAAGAGAGGUGAGACUCAAUCAUACAGUGUUUAUGAAGGCCAAAAAAAAUCAAACCGUUGUCUGUGAAAGGCCAUGCACUUGCAUACUAAGCUGACACAGGUGUAAUUGUUUUGUCUGAUCAGAACAGUUUGGACAUGAACUGUCCAUUAAACACUAACUCUCCUGUUAGCCUUCUGCACAUGUUAAGAAGGGACAAAGUACAUUUUUAUGGUCCUUGUUGCUACACGGAGUCUGAUGACCUCUCACUGACAUCCUACAUAUCUCAGGUCACCUUCAACCUGAGCAGAGGUAAAACUACCCACAAUAACAGAACACACCCAUGUCAGUGGCUUUAAGUGAGGCUUUUACAACACUACCAACCAUUUCAGAAUGCUUAUUUGAGUCAGUGGUAAUAAGCUGAAGUAUUAAUUAAUUAAUGGAGCUUGCUCAUCAUGACCAAGUAAAUGUGAUUUCUUCAGAUGCAACCAGAGGAAACAAAAAGUAGUUUGAUUAGGGUUAUAUCGCCCUAUGUAUUUAUAUAUAUAUUCUGUAAGUAUUUAUUUUGAAUGUAAAUUUGUAAAUAUUACAGAUGGUUCUACCUCUAUUAAAUUUGUGUAAAUAAAUAGACCACUACCAGA